GAUUCCAGGAACUUCGCCCGCCACGAUCGCUUGGGUUAGCGCACUUGAAGUGAAUUGAGGGAGUUGGCAAUCGCGCGAUCACGCGCUUGGUGGGGGAUGGCCCUAUAAUCGGCGACGGCGUUCCUCGUCUCGGGUGGGGCCGCACAAGUUUUGGAAGUCGGUAAACAACGAUUUGCUCUUUUGAAACGGAACUUCAAGAUGAAAUAUUACUCGCAAAGUCACUGCAAAUGGGCUAUGUUUCUCAUCGUCCUUUCCCUGCCACGGGUCGACUCUGCCAACCAGUUUAGCCCUGCUGGUCGCCGAAUCCGUAGACAAAUAAAUGCAUGUCAAGAUGGAAAUUACACAGUUAAUGGAAAGACCUGUUGUCUGUGUGCAGCUGGUCAGCUACUAACUAAGGAGUGUGAAGUUAACCCAGAGGACAGAGAUUGUGAGUUCUGUGAGCCGGGGAGAACGUACAACAGCAAGCCUAAUUCCGAGACCUUCUGCGAGAAGUGUACCUCCUGCACUCAGCCCCAUGCCAAUCUUGAGGUGAAGGAAGAAUGCACCACCGCCAAGGACACUGUGUGUCGGUGUAAACAGGGCUACUUCUGCCUCAGCGAACCCUGCAUCAGCUGUGACCCCUGUAAUAAGUGCGAGGAACUUGGUGUCAAGAAUUCCUGCACAGGAACCAAGGAUACGGUCUGCAAAGAGAGGAGCGAAGUCCCUGCAGCGAUCCUACCUGUCGCUAUCUUUAUUGGGCUAGUGCUUGUGGCAGCGGUAGGGUUCGCAGUCGCAGCUAGGAAGAAGAAAUGGUGUUGCUUCAAAACUUCCAAUGUAGGAUUUGAGGGGACGGAUGGGAAAUAUGUCGAAAAUUCUUCACUGGCACUACUUGAAGAUGAUAAAGACGGGAACUUCUCCAAGCUUAUCCCAGACAUCGCCGAGCUGGUUGGAUGGUACGAUAUGAAGACGAUCGCCAUGGCGGACGGCUUCAAGCAAACCAUCCUCGACAACAUCCAGCAAAACAACCCUGCGCAAGCCGAGGAACAGACCAUUUCGCUUCUGACGGAGUGGGAGCAAAAGCAUGGCAGGGAGGCCACCAGGAUGCUGAUGAAAGGGCUGUUGAAGUACAACAAAAAUGCCAAAGCGCAGGAAUUGCAGGGCAUCAUUCGGAGUGACAGAAGCAAUGAACCAGCAUCUGCCACUCCAGGAAAAGUUUGAUACAUUGAUUAGCAUUUCUACAAUUUGGAAUUAUUACCUCACAGGGAUUUUCCUUCUGGUCACACAGAACUAUCCAAGACACUAGGCAUUUUUACACUGCAAAGCAAGUACAGUUGUUGCGUGGCAGAUGUUACAAUUUCACUGUCUUGCCUGUGUAGAACAGAGGGGGUGUAUUCCUCCUUCGUCAAGGAGCCGGCUAUCUUGGUUCGUUGGGAGUAGGCCCGACUACGCGCGGAGAACUCUUUAGAAAAAUGUGCACUGCAUCCUCAGAGUUUUAUUUCAUUUUAUUCAAGCCAGUCCCAUUGAAUAAUCAGUAGGGUACAUCUGAGUGCAGGCUACAAACCUGAUUCAUUAUUUACAAAUUCCAAAAAAACUAAACAUUUUCUUUAUUUGCUAACCACUUGUUUUUUAUCCUGAUGGAAGCCUUGUAAGGAAAUUUAUAUAUAUAUAUAUAUAUAUAUAUAUAUUUUUUUUUUCUUUUUU